AUGGAAGAAGUGUUUGUUAUACCUGAAUGUUCUCCACAAUUGAAGCCUGUGAUUGGUCAGAAGUUCCAAUCCCUAGAUUUUGCGUUUGCGUUUUAUGAUGUGUAUGCCCGCGCUGUUGGGUUUGAUACGCGAAAACAAGGUAUGAGGAAGGCGACGGAUGGUGUUACUACUUGGUAUUAUGUGGUAUGCAAUAGGGAGGGCUGCAAGAGGUCAAACGAGGAAGACGAUGUGAAUGCACGCUCUGGUUUUACUCUUAAACGCAGGCGGCUUUCCAAGCGAUGUGGUUGUAAAGCUUCUAUAUCCUUCAAGUACUUUUCCGAAGCAGGAAUACCGGGAUAUAUUAUUCACGAGUUCAACGAGGUUCACAACCAUUGUAUGGUGGAGUCGGAGCAUCAGCAGUUUAUGACACUUAACCGGAAGUUGGAUGACGUACAUCACAAAUUCAUUCUUGACUGUUCCAAGGCUAAUAUAGGCCCCACCCUUACCUUUAAGGUGUUGAAGGAAAUCCUCGGUGGGUUUGAUCUUGUCGGUUGCAAUCUUGGGGAUAUCAGGAAUACAUCUCGCGACAUCAAAGCAUUCGCACACGGUUGUGACGUGCAGAUGGUGUUGGACGACAUGUCGAAGAAGAAGGAGUUGUCGGAUGCCUUCACAUAUCACUACGAAGUUAAUGCUGCUAACCAGUUGGUUGCCCUUUUUUGGUGUGAUGGUUUGAUGAAGAGGAACUACCAUAUGUUUGGUGACAUAGUGGCGUUUGACUCCACCUACAACACAAACAGGUAUUGCAUGAUCUUCACACCUUUCACGGGGAAGGACAAUCAUGGUAAACCCGUAACAUUUGCUGCUGGAUUGGUCUGCAACGAGAAAACAGGGGCAUUUGCCUGGUUGUUCAAACAUUUCGUCGAAUGCAUGGGUGUAGCCCCCAAAAUGCUUGUGACCGAUCAAGACUUGGGCAUGAGAUCAGCUAUUCAAGAGGUUCUUGUAGGAACUCGACACCGCUGGUGCAUGUGGCAUAUAAUGCACAAGUUGGCUUCCAAGGUUCCAGGCAGGUUGCUUAGGGACGAAGAUUUCAAGAAGGAAUUCAAUGCAUGCGUUUGGUCGGACUUGCUUGAACCCGACGAAUUUGAAGAGGAGUGGAAUGGAGUGAUUGAGCGUUAUGAGCUGGAAGACGUUGAUUGGUUGAACACAUUGUACGAGUAUAGACAGAUGUGGAUACCGGCAUACUUCAGAGAUUUCCCACUCGGUUCGAUGAUUAGGACUACGUCCAUAUCAGAAUCUGAAAACAGUUUCUACAAAAAUUUUAUGAAGCCCCGAGCGAACCUUGCCGAAUUAUACUUGUAUUUCAACAAUGCUCUGGACUUUCAGCGGAAUGCUAGAACAAAGCUGGACUACAACGAUGCUACUUCCGUGCCCAUACUGGCCACUAAGUUGGGUUUCGAGAAACAUGCUGCGACGAUUUACACAGACAGUAUGUUCAGGAAGAUACAAGAAGAAAUUGUUGAUGGGAAUGACAGAUGCCGUGUGCUUGGUUUUUCAUCAACAGAUACGAUUGACACCUACAAGCUUGGGGAUAGCCGACGGAAUUCGUAUUCCGUGACACACGACAAGACUGACCAAUCAUACUCGUGCGACUGCAAAUUGUUCGGUAGGCAGGGCUAUUUGUGUUGCCACAUUUUUUUUCUAUUCAGGAACAAUGAAGUGUCAAAAAUUCCAGAGAUGUACUGCAACAGCCGAUGGAUGAAGACUCCCUUAGCCAAGGCCGUACAUGGACUUGAUGUCACCGUAGAUACAAGGUCCACCGUAGAGACAAGGUCCACCGUUGAGGAUAGGCAGACUGUUACAAAUCAAGGAAUAUUGCUGUUCUACGGUUUUAUUCGACGUUUUGAGAGUGACAUUGAAGUGCUUCGUGGUUUCGUAAGUGGUUUGGAAGAACUUGGUAAUUCUCUUCAAGCUGGAACUCCUCCAACCUCGGCGUUUGAAAAGAGGCGCAUGAUUGAAGAAUUUUACGGAAUGCCAAGGCCUGAAGUUGUAGAGGUCCAUCCUCCGGAUGUUGUAAAGACGAAGGGUCAUGCUAGCAGCUCCGCGAGCCGACUGGUUUCAAAGAGAGAAAAGGCUAUAAAGGAGGCAGCUAGACCUCUUAGACGUUGUAAGGCGUGUGAUGAGUUGGGCCAUCACGACUCUAGAAACUGUCCAAUGCUUAAAGAGAUGGAGAAGGAGAAAGCGCUCAGUAAAGGCAAGAGGAAAGCUUGA